UUAUUGCUCUGUUUUCUUCGCAGAUUUCUUCACUUGUGCGCUAGCGGAGACCCAGAUACCAGACUGGUCAAUCGGGUCUCAAACCAUCUAAAACUUGUUUCAAUUUUUUUUCGUUUCUCUUUUUUCCGAUUUCCGUUCUCCUCCUUUCAUUUUGCGCCUUUGCUGUCCACCGACACUCUUUCUCGAGUUGCGUUCCGUACCAAUCUGCUAGCGCCUACUCGAAAUAUUACGUUUCGGUCUCUGUUUGGGGACUAUUUUGUGUUUGAAAUCUGAAAACUAGAGUUGGCUCGUCCGACUCGCCGACCGAUUCGAAGCUGGAGUGGUAUCCGAGUCGUGACGGCAGGAUGUACAUGGGUGACGGGAACCACUUUGGACCCGGGAACCACGAUGACAAAAUGGGUAUGCCUGGGGACGGCGGCGGCGACGGUCGAACAAACCUGAUCGUCAACUACCUUCCGCAAAACAUGACUCAGGACGACAUGCGAAAUCUUUUCGCAGCCAUGGGGGAAAUCAAGACCUGCAAGCUGAUCCAUGACAAAGUGUCCGGCCAAAGUCUGGGGUACGGUUUCGUCGACUACGUCAAGACGGAAGACGCAAAAAAAGCGAUCGAGUCGCUGAACGCCUAUCAUUUGGAUAACAAGAUCAUUCGAGUAUCCUAUGCAAGGCCCAGCAGUGAUACGAUCCAAGGCACGAAUCUGUACAUCACUGGGAUCCCGAAAUCUUGGACACAAAAAGAUCUUGAGUGCACAUUCUCGCACUUCGGCAAGAUCAUCACCUCGCGAGUGCUGUGUGACAAGGUCACUGGGAUACCCAAGGGUGUAGCCUUUGUCCGCUAUGAUCAGCGUGGCGAAGCGGAGACAGCCGUGGCGGCGAUGAACGGCAAAAUUCCUGACAGUUGCUCGGACCCGAUUCAAGUGAAAUUCGCCAACAAGCCGGACGCGUCGAAGAACGCCAUGGCGCAGGCUGCAGCGGCGUCGGGUGUGUACGGGAACCCGAUGCAGUUUGCAACCGGGGCCAUGCAUCACACGGGACCCACCGGCGCUGGCGGACCUCCGUUUCGGUACAACUUACCUGGCCCGCUGCAACCCGCUGCGGCUGCAGCAGCUGCGGCCGCCGCCGCAUCUGGCAAACAGAUGCUCGGUGGCAUGGCGCGGUUUGGGUCUGGGCCGACUGGCGGUCCUGGUCCUGCUCCGCCAGCCUCGACCCCGCUCAACGGGUUCGUGAUCUUCGUGUACAACCUGGCGCCCGACGCAGAUGAGAGUGUCUUGUGGCAGUUGUUUGGACCCUUCGGGGCUGUCCAGUCUGUGAAGGUGAUUCGCGACCCGGAAACGAAGCAGUGCAAGGGUUACGGUUUCGUAAAUAUGGCCAAGUACGAGGAAGCGCUGAUGGCUAUCCAGAAUCUGAACGGUUACAACCUUGGCCAGCGAACGCUGCAAGUGUCCUUCAAGACGGACAAAAAAAAGUAAACCUAACCCUGGGGUCUUAUUGGCUAUUCGUAAUUGCGGCAUCGCGGAACAGUUUUUGACUUCUAUUCGGUUCACACGGUAUGUUUUUCUUCUUGGCCGUGCUGAGUUCGCGCCUCGAAACAUCAAAUAAGUUCGGAAUCCCGACAAUUUAAGCACAUGUCGGUCGUCUAAAUUGCAACUGCAGUGGAGAUAGACUCCCUGUAUAAAUUAGGUUCUAAAAUUUAAUCCUGUACGGUUUUUCUUCCUUCUUUGUCAUUUUAGAUGCUUUGAAAGCUCAUCUUGUUGUUUGCCAAUGGAAGAAAUAAUUUUCCGUGUAAGGAGAGUUUUAAUGACUGGUUGUCGGGAGAGUGUGUUUUCCAGAGAAUUGGAGGAAACAUGUGUCUCUCUGUAUAUUCGUUGUAACACAGCAUGCGGAAUAGAGUGCCUAACAUAAACGUCUGUUCCGGAUGGGUUUCAGUGAGAUCCCGUUCAAGUUUGUCCCUUCCUUUGGCCAGUAGCGCCAUUGGCAGCUGCAGGAGAGAAAAAAAAUAGACCAAACUCGUACCACUACAGCCACCUCUGCAACUACCAGUCCUUCAGAAAAAAAAUAUGGAAGAACUGAGCCGUCGACGCCGCCACACCCCGAGUGCCUUUGAUUUCCCCCUUCUUGCACCCACCUGACGAUUGGCAUGGGACUUUCCGUUGUUGUGUUCCGCUUCCGCUUGGUACGUUUCGAGUAGAACUCGCCAACAGGCAAGGUCAUUUAUUUCUACCCAGAUCUUUCAAUGGGAACUCGCGAGGGGAGGCAAGAACAUUGUGGGGCGAUAAUAGGAAUUACUGUAAUGUACUGUAUUGUACGUCGCACUCCUGCGUGCGUCUGUGUCAAUAUGGGACAUGCGAAAAUCUUUUCCCUGGGCUGAGCGGUUGGAGCAUUCAUUCUUCUUUGGAAGUUUCUGGUUGUCAGAAAUGACCUUGCUUGUCUCUGCAUUGAUUCAUUUGUCUCAAGCAUCCUCUAAAAAAGAUUUUUUUUUCGUAAUCGUAUCCCCAUUGUGUUGGGUUAGAAACGAUACUAUUUGGUUUGACUCCCUCCAAGAAACCGGUGUGUUUUAGCAGGAAGUUGGAUGGGAGGAAAUGUGAUGGCAAAGAAAGAAGGAAGACAAUAUGAUCCCCUAACUUAUAUGUCGGGAUCUUUUUUCUUUUCAAGUUGGCACUUGCAUUUUUUUCUUCUUUUUUUUUCUGCUGUGCUCUCUGCACCUGAUACUAAUUUGCUCUUGGGGAAGAUUUUUGGUGUUUUCUGGGUUUUUUUUUCGUUUGGUGCAUGAAGUUGAAGUUUGGCAGAAUACGUCGAAUUAUCAAGAGUUGGUUCAAAAGUUGCUCUUCGCCGCUCGUCUCGGUUCGCAGAUAAUUUUGUGGCUCUGAAUCAAGAUGCCUUGGAUUUGAUUUUUUUUCUGGCUGGAAUUUUGUAUGCCAAAGAUUUCUUCCGUGUUCUACUGAGAUAAUGUCUGGAACAAUUUUUUUUAAUCCGUGUCAGCGAUUGGGUUAGUUUCCCGUAGAAUUCUUCGAGGUGUUUCGAAAAAAGGAAAUAUUGCGAACCUACCUUUAAGUUUUGGAAUGAGGAAGAGCGUUGCUCAAAAAUUGAGAGGAUGGAGCGUUUCGUCGAAGAAGGCUUUUGUUCCAACUACUUGGAGGAGAAAGAGAGCACCAUUCACGACUACUAAAAAAUAACUACUAUACUGCUGCUAGAUGUUUCUUGUUCGUUUGUUUUUUCUUUUUUUUUGUUGGAAGUUAAUUGAUUGCUGGUCUUUACUUGCUGUUCAUUGUUGCAUGAGUGUGAUGAAGGGACAGGUCGAGCCCAGAGGGCAUUUUGUUUUUAAAUACUUGCGGUGAACUUACAGUGCGAAAAAAAGUGCAGUCAUGUAUAUUACAAAACGGGGGUGUCGGCAACACUCCAUCAAUCUCCUGUUUGCAUAUUCCUUGCAGUUCGAGGUACCGUUUUUGUAAACGAAGCUCUUGAUGCGUAUGAGAGUAGGUACUGCACCACGUUGAGCCAUGAAGGAAACAAGAAAAAGAAACGUAGAGGCGUUGUAAGUUUUAAUAAUGCAGUGGCAAUGUAAUCGGCGAACAGGUCAUUGGUUGUCGAGUGUUACCAUCGUCCCGGAAAAGAAUAGUCUCUGGUUUUUGUUGGAGGAACGACCGGUACCUUCAACGAUGUGUGAUUGUCGUCCGUUCCGCGAGGUGAAGCCUAGAGAGCGCCAUUUUUGUGUCCGGAAAAGAUAGUUUUUUGUUCCGUUCGGUCGGACUUUUUUUUUUUGUGGAGACGAGUCUAGUCAGGAGGGAAAUGAUGAAGAGUGAACUUGGCUCGGUGGGAAAAAUAAGUUAUGAUUUUCUACUCUCCGUUCCCUAGCUUCAUUUAUGGAAAGCGCGAAAGGGUAUCGUGUGUGCUUGUGAUCCUCAUAUGCAUAUUUGUGUGUAUAUAUUUUCCCGUGGCUAGAUUGUCAGCUCUGACUCUUCCUGCUCUUCCCAUGGGGUAUUCGUAGGAAAAGAAGGAAAGUAUGUCGUCUCGCUUUUGCUGGAUACUAAUGUUCAAUGUUCAAGCUUCAGUCGAGUGGAGACUUACUUCCAGCAUGAUGGAGAUUUGCGGAUAAACUCGACUCGUACCCCUGGAAGAGCAAAAGAUCUUCAUCUGAACCGAGUUUCUUUUCGUUUUGUUUCUCUUGGCUUUGAGUUGAUCGCCGGGCUUGAAAACUUCCCUUAUUCCGUCAGUUGUUUUCUGUUUCUGGCUAAAGUUACAAUUGUUGGACUUGACGGGGUGGGGGGUUGGCAAAGCGUUUAGCUUUCGUUUUCCUGAGCAUCGCCGCUGCUGUGACAGAGAAGGAAGGCCUUUAGUGAUCCUCGUGGGGAAAGAAAAUCGCUGUUAAGGAGCUGUAUUGUUUGUUACUUCGACUGGUGCUUUGUUCGCGAAUUUUUUGGGCAGGACAGGGAUGAAGAAAAGGUGGGGGAUGGGGAAGUAUACCUUCUUAUGUUGGCUCCUACGGCCUCGCUCGUGCAUUCGAGACAGACCUCGGGAGGGUUUCAACCGGAAUCGUUUUAACCACUGUCUCGGAAGGACGAUGGGGCUGCCCAAUUGCACUCUGUGAACAGAUUGUGUUCCUUGGCCCCGCUUGGAAGUUGAGACAGACCAUUUGGCUGGUGUUUGGCAUCCACGUAAUAGUGAAACUGGUUCUCUUUUUUUUUUCGGAUGAAUGACGAGAUGACCAAUGCUCUCAUUUAUGCUUGGAUGAGUGUUUCACACAUACACAAAAUGGGCACACAUUACUUUGUUGUUUCCUUUUUUCCUUCCUCGUCGUGUGUGCGUGUGUGUUAUACGUUUCGGCUUGUUUUCUCUUUUUUCGCCUCUAUUUCUGAUCCUACAUUUUUUGUCUGUUCAAGCGCGAAUUAAAAGAAAAACGUUGGGGAUUUGCAAGAUGACGAAGGGAAGAGGGGGACGUUGGAAUGAUGAUGAUUAUGAUGAUUGGGAAAACGUGAAAAACCUGGAGGAAAAAAAAAGAAAGGAAAAGUUA